AUCAAAUGAGCAAGAGAAAAGUACAAAAUGUUUAUUUGUAUAAAUGUGGAUAAUGAGGGGACAAGUCCCACAGGAACCUCGGACGAACUCGUUGAAUCCAAAUCCAACCCAAAUCACCUUUCACGUUUCCCUUCUUCUCCUUUUUCAUAACAAACAAACACCCCGCCCCUGACAAAAGAAAAGAACACGAAACCUGAGAAACCCCCGCCCCACUCCAACGGCGUCGUAUCGUAUGUUUCUCUCCUAGUCUCCCUCCUUCCCCACCUAAACAACCAAACCAUCAACUCCUCCUCUUCUCUCGUUCGUAUUACUAUUACCAAACCGCUUCACGCAGCAUUCUCUAUUCUCUGCUUCUGCCUCUAUGUCUGCAUAUAUACAACCCCCACUACCAAAACAGAGAGGAACAAAGAGAGGGAUGGACCAACAGAAGAACCACAACAUCAACAACCACCACCACGACGUUUUGGAGCCUCCGACCAAUUUCUCCAUGGUCGAGGACGGCAUUUUCAGAUCUGGUUUCCCGCAACCAUCCAAUUUUCCUUUCCUCCGAUCCCUUCAUCUCCGAUCCAUCAUAUAUUUGUGUCCUGAGCCUUACCCAGAGGAGAAUUUGGAGUUUCUUCGCUCUCAGAAUAUUCAGCUCCUCCACUUUGGAAUUGAGGGGAAGACGGAGCCUUCUGUAUCUAUUCUUAACGAUACCAUCUUGGAGGCUCUGAAAGUCUUGAUUGAUGUGAGAAAUCAUCCAGUUUUAAUCCAUUGCAAGCGUGGAAAGCAUCGGACGGGCUGCCUUGUUGGUUGCCUACGAAAAUUUCAGAAUUGGUGUUUGUCUUCUGUGUUUGAGGAGUACCAGCGAUUUGCUGGCGUGAAGUCUAGGGCAACAGAUUUGAGGUUUUUAGAAGGAUUUGACACAUUGCUCCUGAGGCAGUGCCUUUACAGCAUUAUCUACCAGUAUCAAGGUUAUGGUUCCAACAAGAGGCGGUUGUUAUACAGAGAAGACAAUUUACAGAAGCCGCAAACCAUGAAAGUUUAACAUAUAGCUUGGAGGGCCCUUCUCUUUUUCCUUUUCUUUCUGGCUUUGCUAUUAGUCACUCACUUAGACCCCUGUUUCUGUUUGUGGCGUAAAAUAUCCGCCCACACUUAUCCCCACUCACACACAGCUUCUGGUAAAAAAAUCCAUUCAACACUUUGUUCUUUUUCGUCUUCCAUUAUUUGUUUGGGAAAUAUGGUGGCAAUUGGUCCAGUCCAGUGCAGACUACAGACCAAUUUUUCUGUGCAGUUUCGUAAUGCUCUGUCUGUACUACAACAGUUUUAGGUUAUUCUCUUCUCUCUGUUGAUAAAGACGGUAUCUUUGAUACUUUGGGAAUUUCAUUUCAAGGUCUCUGUCUCUGUCUCUUGUUUUUUAUUUCAAGGGAUAAAGCAUUAUUGUUGAAUGUUCAUAAUUCCAAAGAUAUUCAUAAAGUUUGGACUUAUUCUACCGUUA